AUGGUGCGGCUCGAAAAGGAGAAGCCAGAAAUGGAGCCAAGAGACCAGUGGAAUAAUAAAAUGGAGUUUAUGCUCUCCAUGUCUGGGAAGAUCAUCGGCCUGGGCAAUGUCUGGAGAUUCCCUUAUCUCUGUUACAAAAAUGGAGGUGGUGCCUUCUUUAUCCCCUACCUCAUCUUCGUCUUCACCUGUGGGAUCCCCAUGUUCUUCCUGGAGACAGCAAUAGGACAGUACACCAGCCAGGGAGGGGUCACCGCCUGGAGGAAGAUCUGCCCUCUCUUUGAAGGAAUUGGUUAUGCCUCACAAGUCAUCGAAUCCUAUCUGAAUAUCUACUACAUUGUCAUCCUAUCUUGGGUUAUCUUCUACCUGUUCAGCUCCUUUACUGCUGUGCUUCCCUGGGCCACCUGUAAUAAUCCUUGGAACUCAGAUCGCUGCGUGGACUUUCUGAAUCACUCUAACGUGGAGAACUGGACAGCGCCUGCUAAUGCCACGUCCCCAGUAACUGAGUUCUGGGAGAAGCGAGCCCUGGGGCUCAGAGAUGGUAUUCACAAUCUGGGCACUGUGCGCUGGGAGCUGGCUCUCUGCCUCCUGCUCGCCUGGGUCAUCUGCUACUUCUGCAUCCGGAAAGGAGUCAAGUCCACAGGCAAAGUUGUUUACUUCACUGCCACAUUUCCCUACUUGAUGCUUUUUGUCUUGCUGAUUCGAGGGGUCACCCUGCCUGGUGCUGCUGAGGGGAUCAUGUUCUACCUGAGGCCAGACAUUUCCAGGCUUGCAGACCCACAGGUGUGGAUGGAUGCAGGCACUCAGAUCUUCUUCUCUUAUGCUAUCUGCCAGGGGUGCCUGACAGCCUUGGGCAGCUACAACAAGUACAAUAACAACUGUUACAAGGACUGCUUCAUACUAUGUUUCCUGAGUAGUGCCACCAGCUUUGUGGCCGGCUUUGCUAUCUUCUCUGUGCUGGGCUUCAUGGCACAAGAACAGGGCGUGCCCAUUUCAGAAGUGGCCGAGUCAGGUCCGGGCCUAGCAUUCAUUGCGUAUCCAAAGGCUGUAAUGAUGAUGCCUGUGUCUCAGCUCUGGUCCUGCCUAUUCUUCCUUAUGCUGAUCUUUCUGGGACUGGACAGCCAGUUCGUCUCUGUUGAGAGCCUGGUGAUGGCCAUUGUCGACAUGUACCCAAAAGUUCUCCAGAAGAAAGGGCACCGGGAGCUGCUGAUCCUGGCCGUUGCAGUCAUAUGCUACCUACUUAGCCUGAUGCUAGUCACUGAGGGUGGAAUGUACAUCUUCCAGCUGUUUGAUUAUUAUGCUGCCAGCGGUACGUGCCUACUGUUCCUGGCCAUUUUUGAAGUCAUCUGUGUUGGCUGGGUGUAUGGUGCAGACCGUUUCUAUGACAACAUCGAGGACAUGAUUGGUUAUCGGCCAUGGCCGCUGAUUAAGAUGUGCUGGCAGGUUGUCACCCCUGGUGUUUGCCUGGCCACUGUGGAUACCUCGGAGGAGCAUGAGCUAGAGACCCCGGCCAUGAAAAGUGAGGAGAAGGAGCGGAGAGAAUUAGCGAGGAACUCCAGCGAGGCUGUGAGCCAGGACCUGUUCGAGACUCCAUCACAGAAGACAGUCCUGCCAGCCACCCACCUGCCCGGAGCCAAGAACGUCCUGGCAGAUCGCCUCAGCAGGACCUUCUCAUCUCGCCAUGAAUGGUCACUUCAUCCACAGGUGGUCAGUCUGAUCUUCUGCAGGUGGGAGACUCCCCAGGUGGACCUGUUCGUGUCCAGACAGAACAAGAAGUGCAACGUGUUCUGUUCUCUGCUGGGCAGGGACAAGGGCUCCCUGUCGGAUGUUAUCUUGAUUCUGUGGUCGGGAGCGCUCAUGUACGCCUUCCCACCAGUGCUGGAAAUACACAGAGUCCUGCUCAAGGUAAAGCAAGACAAAGGAUUGAUCAUUCUCAUAGCCCUGGCGUGGUCUCGUCAUCACUGGUUCAGCAUGCUGCUGAGUCUCUCGGCAGCCACCCGGCUGCAGCUGCCUCUUCGACCGGAUCUCCUGUCACAGAACUAUGGCAACCUGCUGCACCUGAACCUGGUGUUGCUGCACUUGACGGCUUCGCUGCUGCAUGGUUAA